GUGGACGUGGACGAGGGCGGUGACGACGCGCAGGAGGGCGACGAGCCCGCGGGCGAGGAGGCCGAGGCAGAGGAGGCGGACGAGCCCGAGGGCGAGGAGGCCGAGGGAGGCGCCGAGGAGGGCGAAGAGGAACAGGAGGGCGAGGAAGGCGCGCAGGAGACGCGCCGUCUCAGGAGCCGGCCAGCCGCUUGCGGAGGUUCAGGGUGGUGAUCGGCAGGUGUCCCGUGCUGGACGCCCCCAACGCCUCGGAGUUGAUGGCGCAUUCCACCGCCUCGCUGCCGCACAAGCAGGACCAGAGUUCACUGCGGACGCCGUCUUCUUCGCGCCCGCGGAGGGGCGGGCGUACCUGCGGCUGCGCCUGCGCGGAGGGCGCCGGGGAUGGGUCUCCCUCCUCCGUGCGCGCAAUGACCUGCGCAAGCUGGCGGUGGUGCCAGUGUCGAAGCGGAGGAAGCCCUUGAGCGCGAAGGCCGCGAAGCGCGUCGCCUUCCACGGGGGCGACACCGAGGGGAGGACGAAGCUCAGAAAGGAGGAUCUGAUGAUGAACAAGGCGGGCAAGAUUGUGAGCAAGAAGCAGUCCGACGCGGCGAAGAAGCGGUACAGCGACGGCAUCGGCAAGUGGGCCGUGGCUGUCAAGCGGGCAAGGGAGGAGCUCGGCAUCCAGGGCUUCGCGGCGGUCAAGAAGGGCACACCGAUCUACGAGAAGGCCCGGGAGUUCUACGAGGCCCCGUCGGCCCAGGGCUCGUGA